GAAACAACUGAGCAGAGGUGUCACUUUGUUUUUGUCGCCGACUGACUCAACUGUGCUAUUUGGUUUGGAGAGAAGAGGGGACAUGCUGAAAAGCUCAUCGCACCUCCCGUCAAUUUAACCGAAUGGUGACCUAGCAGACAUGGCUAGUACAGGAGUGUGUUGUGCCAACCUGGAGGAACCUAAAGCCCUGAUGAAGAUGGGUCUGACCAUGGUCCUCAUUGGUCAUGUUAACUUCCUGCUGGGAGCUCUGGUGCACGGUGUGGUGCUCAGACACAUCAACCUCCACAAGCAGGCCCGAGCCAUGGAGUAUGCCAUCUCCAAUGUGAUCGCUCUCACCUCUGGCCUUGUGGGAAUUGUUGUUGGCAUUCUGGCUAUUAUCUUGUCUAAAAACAAGAAGAGUAAAGGCCUGACAUGGUCACUUUUUACAGUCAGUCUGGCUGCUGCUCUUAUGGCGGCAGCUUCAGCCAUCGGACUCUUCGUGUCUGUGGUGAGGGCCAUCAAGCACGGCGGGCGGAGCCUCCUGACUCACUGCCGCUUCCCCGAUGCCAUUGGCUACUCCAGCAUCACCAACGAGUGUCCUUUUGACCCCACGCGCAUCUAUGCACAUUGCUGUGUUUUUGCGGUGUUCCACAGCCGUCUGAGAAAAACAAGGAGUACCACUCUGAUCCUUUGGGUACCUCUGAUCGUGACUUGUGUCAUCCAGAUGGUGUUUUCCUCCCGGUGCUUUGCUGUCUGCAUUUCUUUCCUGGGUCUGCCAUGCUGCCCUAACAGGAAGAGGACGAGAGACUAUGGCAGAGCAAUUAAUGUGGUGAGGACAAUUGAGGAAGACACUCCGUCUCACCAUACAGAACCUCCAGCACGCUAUACUGAGCCUCCAAGAAUGUACCGUGAACCUCCAAGACGAAAUAUUGAACCUCCAAGACAGCAACAUCGACAUGUUCCCCCUCAGCAUCGGACUCUUCCUCCCUCAGAGAGGCGCCCUCUUCGCCAGCCAUACAGAGAAAGGUUGGACAGACAAAUACAAGAAACAAGAGCUGGCAGCCAGCAAAAGGCACGAGAGGAACACCAACUGCUGGAGAGGGGUACUCUGGAAAGGUCUAGCUUUUGGAUUUAGCAAUGUUGGACUAGGCAGAGCUUUGUGAAGAUUAAAUGCUGUGAGGGUAUAUGCUGUUGUACAAUACUGGAAUUCAAACAUCAUUCUCACAACAAUACUCUCUUAUCAGUGCUUCAAAACUGUGAACUCAGAGCUGGAGAUAUUUUAUUUAGCAGUGUAGCAGAGCUGAGGUCAAACCCAAUCGUAUGCAGGAUCCCAGUUAUGUGAGUGUGUCUGUUUUUGUAUCUGAGUGUCAAGUUAUUCAUAUCAAGAUUUAAAAAUCCACCAAAGUGAGGACAUCCUUGCUUUUAGACAUAUUUAGUUAAUUCAGUCUUAAGACUUAAAAGAAUAGUUUGACAUUUUUGAUAAAUGGAUGUUAGAUUGAUGUCAUUCUCAUUUUUCUGAGUUAAAUAUGGCCCUGGAGUUAGGUUAGCUUAACUUAGUGUAAAGAUUUAAGCAGGGGGAAAUAGCUAGCUAGCUCUUUCCAAAUUAAAAUACUAACUUAGCAACAACUUUAAAGCACCCAAUAACUAAUACUUUGUUUGUCUGGGACAGUGAGAGUCUUGUUGUCUGUUUUAGGCUACACUCCAUUUUUUUGUACAAUUGCUGAAGUACACUAGCAUGUGAAAAGCUCAUUAAUUUCACUCUGUGUUUCCCCUUUGAUUAAGCAGAAAUGUAAAAACAAAUUAUGGUUAAGCAGAGAGUUUAAAUUAUAUCUCACAGUGACAGCAAGACUACAGGAAGUCACUGCUUGUAAACCACAUCUUGUCAAACUUUCUUUUUUUUUUUGUAUUUGUAUAUAUGUAUUGUUUUCUUUUGUUUUUGCUGGUAGGUGUACUUUUGCUACCUGUUUUCCCCUUUAUUCAAUGUUUAUGCCAGGCUAAGCUAAUUUCCUCCUCUUGCUUCAUAUUUAGUGCACAGACAACAGUAUCAAUGUUCUCUUCCUACUCUUGGAAAGAAAAGAAAAAAAGGGUCAAAUUAUGCUUUUCGUGGUUGAAUUUACCCAUUAAGAUGGCAGGUACCAGAGAGAUGAGUAAAGCAAUACCAUAUACUAUACCGAGAGUGUGUGUGUGUGUGUGGAGGGGAGCCUUCUACCUGUUACUACAGAGGACUGAACCUCUGGUGUGUGUUGCCUGUUUCAGUUGUCAACAGUAAAGUGGUUUUUUUUUUGUUGUAUUUAGAUCAAGAAGAACUAGUACUGCAAGUUUUUGUAUUUAUUGCUUCAAUAAAUAAAGUUUUUAUUCAGAGUUA